AGUGGUGAAAAAUGAAGAGAUAGCAAUCAUCUAAAGAAGAAAAGAAUGUAUAAUGCAGUUAUUGGAAAAGAAAAGGCUAAAGAGAAGGGGUCCCUAACAUGCAGCAGGCAGUGCAAGGUAUCUGUCAAAGUCUGAAUCCAGUGACCUUGUGGUACUGAAGGGGGAAGGGAACUAGACAAUCAGGGGAAUCCCUUUGUGCAGUUGAGUGUCCUCCAGCAUUUCCAUACAUCACCAUGACAUCACACAGCGGGUACCACGUAAUGGCUGCUAGGAAUUGUCGCUGAUUGCCAUGGACAACCAGAAUUUGAGUCCAAUUAUGAUAUAACAACUUACCCCCACAACAAACCUAACCUGAGGCCUCAGCACUGUACGCAAGGCUAACAGACCAUCCUGCCACCCCCUCAGUCUGUGAAUGGAUUGAUCCCGAUUUCUCAUAAUGAACUAAAUAUCACUGUAUGUUGAUAGUGAGGGCAAUGGAAGCAUGCUGCUUUGUCAGGCUCUGGAGCAAUUGGCAUAUGACAGGAUCGGGACUGUAAUAGUUUAGGAAGAUUUAGAAUUUCCUUGUGGAUCUAGGACAAACUAGGCUUAAUUACCUAUCCUGACACAGUUUUUGAAUGGAUAUUGAUUUUAGUGUAUUUGAGGAAGCGCUUCUGACUGAUUAAAGGUGUUGGAUUAGGAGUGGACCACAUGGUUUUGUAAACAAAACACUUUAAACUUAAGUUGGAGAGGAGAGAAAAAGGCAGACCACUGAUAAAAAUUACUGGAGAGAUUUUUUCGCAGUCAGUCUGACAUUCCAGUACAUGGGGUGCUAAAACUUGUGUGUUUACAUCUUCUGGAACCUCAUGAAAACAUAGAAAUUAUUUGGAACCAUGAGGAUCUCUCAGAAUUGGGUGAAAUUAAAAGUGAGUUGGGAGACUGGACAAUGGAUAAUUUGUCUGUUGUGGAUUGGAUUAUAUCAAGUUCAUGCACUAGAACUCGGACAAUGUCAGAAGGCCCUAGGUAUGGAGAGUGGGGAGAUCCCAGAUCAUGCCAUCACAGCCAGCUCCUCCUACGAAGAGGGCUCAGUAGGACCAGAGAGUGCCAGAAUUCGGAAGGAGAAAAAAGGUGGCGCAUGGUGUCCCAAGGAGAUGAUUGAUAAAUUCUCUUAUGAGUAUCUACAGAUAGAUCUCAAUAAACUGAUGGUCAUCACUAAAGUGGAAACACAGGGCCGAUUCGGAAAUGGUUUGGGACAAGAAUAUACAGAAGAGUUCCUCCUGGAAUACCAGAGAGAGGAUGACGGGGAAUGGAUCCGCUUCAGAAACAGGCAAGCAAAAGAGCACUUCAAAGCUAACUAUAACACCCACACAGCAGAGAUGAAUGAAGUGUCGCCUCCGAUCAUUGCCAAGCGGGUGCGCUUUAUCCCCUACAGUAAGACUCCGCGCACUGUCUGUAUGAGGGUAGAACUCUAUGGCUGUACGUGGGAUGAUGGUGUCUUGUCCUACUCUAUGCCACAAGGAGACAGACGAGGAAAACACAGUUCAGAUGAGUUAGCUUUCCUGGACUUUACUUAUGACGGAAUCAUCAAGGACCAGCACUUAUAUAAUGGUAUAGGUCAGCUAAUGGAUGGAGAAGAGGGGCAGGCCAACUUCCGCAACGACCUGCAGGCCCGGGGGAUCAAGGGUUAUGAGUGGGUGGGGUGGAAGACAGAACAAUUUGAGGAUAGCUCCCCCAUUGAAAUUGUCUUCAAAUUUGAUGCUGUAAGGAACUUCACCAGGCUCAACAUACACUGUAAUAACUUUUAUGAUAAGGAUGUGCGAAUCUUCAGAAUGGCACACGUAUACUUCAGCGUGUCUGGAAUAUACUACCAGCCUAACUACAUCGAGUAUGAGUUUGACAGGGAUUCUUGGAUGGAAUAUGCCCGCACCAUUCCCAUUCACCUGGAAAACAGGGUGGGAAAGUAUGUGAAGGUGCAGCUGUUCUUUGACAGCAAAUGGAUGCUCAUCAGUGAAGUUUCUUUCAUAUCAGAAAUUACGAAAGCCAAUGUUACCAUGGAGCUUCCACCAGUAACCCAUCCAAUGAAGACCACCAGAGUACCCCCUAGUCACAAUGAUAUGCCUGUAGACCAGGGUAUCAAUGUGCAAAUUGGCAAAGCAGGGUCAAAACAUGUGGAGGAUAGAUCAGUCCAGACUAAGGAAGCUACAACAGAGAACGACAUGAUCGGCAUCAUCGUGGGUACGCUGUCAGCUCUCAUCGUCACGCUCCUGGUGGUAGCCGUAAUCGUCAUUAUCCUGAUCCGCCACAAGAGGAGUAAACAGAACAACAACCGCCACUGUCUAAAACCUGUGGAGCGGCACAUCGCACUGAAUAUGAACAGCAUCCGAAACAUGCAGAACGGCAAGGUCUCCAAUGGCAAUAUGUACAACAGUGUGGCUCAGGAUGAAAUGGAAUCGGAUCGGGAGAUCUGUAAUGGAGGAGAGAAACUAUGUAAGAGUCCAUCGUAUUGUGAGCCUCAGGAUUCUUUGGUCGGGGGGCGGGACCUGCCAGAUUUGCCCGGGUGUGCGGCAGGGAGUUCUGAUUCCAGAGACUAUGCUGUUCCUGAUGUGACAAAGUCUGCCUUGAUUGUGGCCCUUCCCCCACACACUCAGACCCCAAUACGAGUGUCCCCUGCCAACAACGGAACCCCUAUCAUGAUGACCAACUCCCUCUCAGAGAAGCCUCCCACCUAUGACGCCCUGUACGCUGCUGCCGACAUCGUCCAUGUAAACGUCCCUAACAUUCCCAAUCUACAGGGAGUGAGCGGGAACAAUGUAUAUGCAGUACCUAAUGCAGAACUUCUCCUUACCUUGGAACAUGCUGUGGUCCAAUUCCCACGGGAAAAUCUGCAGUUUGUGGAUGUUCUUGGAGAGGGGCAAUUUGGCGAGGUACAUUUGUGUGAAGCAGUGAAUGUUGAUGGUUACAUAAGUGAUGAGUACUUUAUGAACAGAGCCAGCACACAUACACCCAAUGUCUUAGUGGCAGUCAAAAUGUUACGACGGAAUGCAGAUGAUAGAGCAAGAGCGGACUUUCACAAGGAGAUUAAGAUAAUGUCCCAGCUGAAGGAUCCAAACAUAGUGCGAGUUCUUGGGGUGUGUACUAGGGAGGAACCCCUGUGUAUGAUUGUGGAGUACAUGAAAUACGGAGACCUCAAUCAGUUCCUGUUAGACCAUGUCCCAGAGAGUCCGGUAGCUCAGGCCACUAAUGCCAAAACACUCAGUUAUGGCUGCUUAGUUUACAUGGCAUCUCAAAUAGCAUCAGGAAUGAAAUACCUGGAGUCGUUAAACAUGGUUCAUCGAGAUCUUGCCACCAGGAACUGUCUGGUCGGAACGAAUUACACGAUCAAGAUUUCGGAUUUUGGAAUGAGUCGUAGUCUUUACAGUGCAGAUUACUACAGAAUAGAAGGACGAGCAGUACUACCAAUCCGAUGGAUGGCUUGGGAAAGCAUUUUAUUGGGAAAAUUCACCACAAAAUCUGAUGUAUGGUCAUUUGCCGUGACGCUGUGGGAGAUUCUGACAUUUGCCAAGGACCAACCAUUUGACUCUUUGACCGACGAACAAGUGAUAGAAAAUGCUGGACAUUAUUACCGCAACGACAAUAAGGAGGUGUAUCUUUCAUUCCCUCCCAACUGUCCAAAGGAAAUAUUUGACUUAAUGGUGGAGUGUUGGAACAGAAACGAGGCCUGUCGACCUACAUUCCGUGAAGUCCACAUGUUCCUUCAACGAAAGAACAUGGGAUACAAUCCAAAGGAUGAAAAAAUGAACCAAAUUAAGGUCCCCAUUUGCUGACUAUAUAGCAAUUAUAGACAGUUACAAUGACUUCGGUUUUUCUUGGUUCUGGAGAGUCUCCCGUUAUUUCAGUGGAUCCUCAUUGUAAUUUGUGCUUAACAGUUCUAAGUGCUAAACUUGUGAUGUGUAGGACACAGAAGGACAAAGGUCCUUUUAUGUUGAAUGCUAGUCAUGUUUUAUUCAUUGUAAUGAUGGAAGACAAAAAAAAAUGAUGCUGGUGAAAUUUAUUCCAUGUCUUUGUGAUGGUAUGAGGAGAGUGAUUAAUACACACCAGUUCCAUGUAUAAAUUGUGAUUAGUCAUGGAAGGAAAAAAUUACAAGAAUGAAUGCCUCAUUCUCACAUAUUUCUGGAUCCUCUCCUUUCACAAAGAACAUUUUCAAAUACUUAUAUCAGACAACAGGUGCUACCACAAUGUUGUGACAUAUGUUGCCAUAGAAAUUGUGAUGAUUAUAAAACUCACAGAACUUGAUAAACAUUCUCAGAAUGAAAUCCUUUUAGUUUAUUGACAUACAUAUAUUAUUUGAUUGUUUCUCACAAUCUUAAUGAUUUCAACAAUCUUGAUUAUGUGCAAUGAAUCUUUGAUGAUUUUUAAAAUUAUCACCAUCAUACAAAUUAUUUGUGAUUUCAUUUUUACCCAUUAAUUGUAUUUCUUUAUAUUCUUUAUCAGUGUAUAUUCCAUGCUGGGUACAUUUUUAUACUUUCACUUUCUUAUUCAGUGUGUUAGUGUUGUAAAUAGGACACUGUAAUGCCAUCCUUUGACCUCUAGACACACACACCACCCAGUGUUGAGUAUUGUAACAUUUACCAAUGUCUCCCAAGUAUAUUUGUAUCUUCCAUUCAAACUUGAUAUUAUGUGACAGCUAGUGUACCCUACUUUAUUAGUAGACACACUGCAUCAAUUCGCUGAAGGAAACUCCAAAAUAAUUUUGGUUUUAUUUCUGUUAAAACAAUUUUAUACUUCUCAUGCUCUCUAGUUUCUUCAUUGAAUAUCCUAGGAAUGCUUGAGAUAUUUUAUUAUGAACUUGUGAUGUGAUGAUAAUCUUGUUAAAAUCUAUUUCUCUCUCUACAAAAUAUUUUUGUUUCUCAUGUUGUAAAUACUCUUCAUUAUAAAUCCAUCUUUAUCUUGCCAUCAAAGUUAUCAUGCAGUUACAAUGUUGAAUUCAAACAUCUUUUUUCUAUAAGCACCUGGUUACAGCUUUAAACACUGCAUUUCAGAAAUAUAUAAUCAAUGUUAAAAAGUCUUAGUUAAUUUUGCAUUCACACAUAUUUCAUAUGAUAUAAAUGAAGUGAUAAAAUGUUGAAUUUCAUAGAGUUUAAGAAUUACAGCUGUGUUGAUUGGCUAGUUAUUCCCCCUUUUAAUCAGUAUUUUAAAUUUUUUAACCAAAAAAUAGUUUUAACUUUACUUAAAUUUGCUACUCGAAAAAGCAUUAUUCAUCUUUGUAUCAUUGUUAAAAUUAGAUGUAUUUUUCACAUUUUAUUAAUUUCAGACAAUCGUCUUGAAUAGCUUAAUAAUUUUGCUUCUGAUGUCAUGUCAAAUGCCAUAUAGAGUUUCAUCUCAGAAUUAACUUUUUUUUAUUCAACAUUUUAUUCAAUCUUCAAUUUUAUUUAGAACUUUCAGUGACAAGACUUUAUUAUCAACAUAUCCUAAAUGUUGAACGAAAUAUCUUGCAGAGAUUCGAUCUUGGUUGUGAAUUAAAUUGCCCCAUUCUUAGUGAUGUUGUUGUCAUUAGAAACUAAAGUAAACCUUUGUGGGGCUUUAUUUUUAUAUGGCUACAGGUGUUGUGCGUCUGUCCUUGUAUGCAUGAUAUGGCAAGGAGUGCCACACCAUGCCCCGUGUGUGCUAUAGUCAUUUGUCAGUUUUCAUCUCGGCCAUUUUGAUUUUAGGGCUUUUUUGCAUUAGAUUUAUUUUUAAAAUAUUAAGCGUUUGUAGUUGAUGAAUGAAUUAAAAUUAUCAUUUUGAUAAUUUUAUAAAAAGCAUUAGUUUUUCUUAUUACUUUUGAAGCAGUUUAUUUUCAGGAAUUUAAGUCAUUUACGAAUGUUUUCACAACCUAUAGCAGAUGGUGCUGUAUUUUUUAAUUUAUGUAAUAUUGCUUCAUUAGUACUUUUGUUUUUGUUAUUUAUAUUUUAUCUUUUACUAAUGUAUACUUGGUGUAAAUAUAAGCUGUCAGUACUUUGUUUAGCAUUAUGCAGACAGGACUCCAGUUUAAAGCAGUGACCAGUUUCAUUUUUAAUGACUGCCCUAUUUUGGUCGCUAUAAUUGCAUUUCAUUUUUGUCAUUCCAUUCGGAGCUGUCGUCAUUGUUAUUAAAUCUUUUAUGUGCGAUGUAAAAGAAUGCAUUUGUUAAAGGAGUAGUUUGUAUUGUAUGUAAAUAAAACUACAAAAAAUGA